UUCGCUCAAUCUGGAGCGCAAUCGGGACCAAGCCGGUGGAAACUAUAGUUUUAGAAGGGACGCUAUGAACUUAAAAGUGAUUCACGUCAGUUUGAAUGAAUAUGUGGUGGAAAGUCAGAAUAUACUAAACGAAAAAUGGCAUUUUUUGUAGAUGUCACUUUACUUACGUGAGUAGUACUAUUUCUAUUUUAGUUUAACUUUAUUUUUUAUUUUUUUUACUGACGAGGAUGAACAUUGGAAUAGCACUUUUGAGCUGACAACACGUCGUUACAUAAGUUAUUGGGGGAACUUGUAAUGUUGUUCACGUGUGAGACCUGUUGCCAGUUAUAAAAUACAAAAAUAUAAAUUGAUCUAAGAUGAGUAACAACACUCUCGCAGUCAGGACUAUGGACCCGACGAUCCCUGUUAUAAUGUUUAUAUUCGGGGUGGUUGGGAACAUGAUUGCCAUAGUUGUGCUUUGCAAAUCAAGAAAGGAACAGAAAGAAACAACAUUUUACACACUGGUUUGCGGACUUGCUGUGACGGACCUUUUCGGGACUCUGCUUGCGAGCCCGGUCACUAUCGCCACCUAUAUGAAAGGAUCUUGGCCAGGUGGGGAAGCGUUGUGUCAAUAUUCCGGAUUCAUCCUUCUGUUUUUCUUCUUGGCUGGCCUCAGUAUAAUAUGCGCCAUGUCCAUCGAGAGGUACAUGGCCAUAAACCACGCUUACUUCUACAACCGUUUUGUUGACCAGAAGGUUGCGGGCUUGACUCUUCUCGCCAUUUAUAUAUGGAACAUUCUUUUCUGUGCCCUGCCGAUCAUGGGACUCGGCCAUGUGAAGAAACAAUAUCCGCAAACUUGGUGCUUCAUCGACUGGAGAAGUAACGAGAGCAGACACGCGGCGUUCUCGUACAUGUAUGCGGGAUUCAGUUCUUUUCUCAUCCUGUCCACGGUUAUUUGCAAUGUGCUCGUGUGCGGCGCUUUGAUCAGAAUGCACAGACGCUUCAUGCAACGGACGUCGCUUGGCACCGGCCAAGGAAGGAUUAUUGACCUCAGAAGAAGACGGAGUUUUGGACGUACGGCCGGUGCAGAAAUUCAAAUGGUUAUUUUACUCAUAGCUACUUCAGCGGUGGUCCUCGUUUGUUCAAUACCACUAGUGGUGCAGGUGUUUGUCAACCAGCUGUACAGGACCCCGGUGGAGGAGAGGAUCGACAAGAACCCGGACCUGCAGGCCAUCCGAAUCGCCUCGGUCAACCCCAUCCUGGACCCCUGGGUCUACAUCCUGCUGCGGAAGGCCGUGCUCCUCAAGCUCCUGGAGAAGAUCAAGUGCGUCUUCUGCAAGAUCGGCGGCCGGACCCCGCGGCACCCUGGGAGCUUCCGCUACGCGGACGAGCCGCGCUUUUCGUCCGUCGCCUCCCACGAUUCCCCCUACGCCACCUCGUGGGAGCUGAGGGAGGUCACCAGCUCCUCGCAGAUAUUCCUCUACCCGCCCGAAAAACGAGAGGGGCUCGCGGAGGGCCCCCGUUCGGGGCGGGCGGGGGCCAGCUCCCCUGCGGGGGCCGCGGCUCUCAAGGGCUUGAGACGCUCGGAUUCCCUGAACGAACGUGCCGCGGAGCGCGGGCCUUGCGUGCGAUCGAGCGCCAGCGUCAGCUUCUCGAACAUGAGCCAGUUUCUCUCGUUCCCGAAAGAGCGACCCCUCCACGUGACUUUUACGGACGAGGCACUGGACCUGCAGGAGAGACGCAUUUAAAUCCGUCGAGGUCUCUCCCUAUGGUUGGGACAAAGGGUGACUUCCUGGCAGCUCAAGAGAGGAAGCUUUGGCAAGCUUUCGGUCUCAUUGGACCACAUGAAAAGGCUUGCGCAGAGCAGUGAUUAUUGAUGGGUCCCCUAGGUUCUAUAGGACAUGGCUGAAAUGUGAAUUUUCUCAUACAUGUCUGCUCUGUGAGUGUUUGUGUUUGUGAUUCCGUGGUAUUUCUGUCAAUUACUGUAAUUCUGCCCUCUGAGUAUAACCAUAUGUCAACAUACCACUUUUUUCCACUGAGGACUUUGUUUUCCGUUUUAAUAAAUGUGAUCAAAGUGAAAAUUCCUGUGUUCCAGGAAAUGGCAUUUUCAGCACGUAAACAAAAGAAAUGUUCAUUGUUUAAUUGUCUGGACAGGAUGCUUCCAGCAAAAAUACAUAUGGCAAUUAAAAAAGAUAUUUGACUGACAGAAAUAUACUGUGUACUUCCGCAGUUCUAAGAUGUGAAUUGUUUUUGCGCAUUGUUAUAAUUUAUUUAACAUGAAAGUGAUGUCUUCUCUAUGAGAAGUUGUAAACUGGUGAUGCGAUGCAAUCAAAGCACAAAGUGCUCUGUAUGUAAAGAUCAAAGAUCAUUUUAGGCAAUUUUUGUGAUUUACAUUUUGUGAAGUUUUUUUCAUGUAUUUGCCACUUUUUGUUCUCAAAACUUUGUUAGAACCUUUUGAUUGUAUCUUCCUGUGAUUAUUUCAGUGUUAUCCAUUCAGUAUAAAUCUUUUAUUUUACUUCA